AUGUCCCAGCCCGCGCACCUCCGGUGCACGUACGCCUACAAGUCGUGCACCAACAUGCGCACGUACCGCAACGACGGCGUCCUCCACACGCUCUGCGAAUUCCACCGCAACAAGGCCAACAUGAUCCAAAAGACGUAUGCGACCAAGCGCCGCCAGCGGCUACGCGCGAUGCGCGGUGCGGCCGGCCUGCCGCCGCGACCCAUCCGGUACAGCGGCCCCAUGGAGCCGAUCCCGUAUCGCCCGCUCUCGCCGCCGCAGCCGCUCUCGAUCGAGCCCAUGGAUCUCCAAGCGCUCACGAUGUUUCUACCCGAGAUGACAAGCGACAUGGUCAUGGCCGACAACAUGGAGCCGACAAACGUGUGGUCGGAAGCGACGCCACUCUCGGACGAGGAGAAGGAAUUCCUCUCCGAACUCAUGCCGUCCGAGUGA